AUGCAAGGAAAACAAGGGCAAUCAGAGGACUAUGUCUUAUCGUAUGCUGACACUUUGCUAGACUUGCAACUGCUAGAAGAGAAGUGGAAGCUUACUUAUGGAGAGAUAGUUAGUUUGUGCUCGGAGUUUCUCAAUGCUGCAACUCAUUUGACAAGCACUACAUUGCAGUGGAUUAUGGAAAAUGUGAUAAAAUACCAGCAUAUUCAAGCCAAUGUGUAUGAAGAGAUUAGUGGGGUCGUGAAGGAUGGAGUGGAAAUGGUAAGAGAUGAAGAUUUGCAGAAGAUGCCAUACUGGAAGGUCGUGAUUUUGGAAGGUCUGAGGCGUUGUUCUCCAAGACACUUUGUGCUGCCUCAUUCAGUGACCCAAGAUACAGUCUUGGACGGUUACCUCGUACCCAAAAAUGCUACUAUAAAUUUCAGGGUUAUGGAGAUCAGUCUAGACCCAAAAAUAUGGGAAAAUCUAAGAGAGUUCAGGCCCGAAAGGUUCUUGAACAGUUUUGGAGGGGAAGAGAGGGAGAUAGACGCUGCUGAAAAUGACGACGGCAAUGAGAGCUCUCGAUUCUAUGACUCCUGA